AGAUUCUUCCACGGUCUCCCUCACAUGGGGUACCCUCACAGUCUGGUCCCGUCGUACAAGUGGUUCGAGGAUGUUCUGCGCUCACCCCAGGAGCCUCUCAAGAACUAGAAAGAAGGGUUGUUUCCAACGCGUCGUACAUGUAUAAAUACUCAACAUAUAUGUGAACGGCCAACUAUGCACUGAACGAUCGACAAUGAAAGCGAUGACUGCAAUGAGAUGAGAACAUGGGUAUCUCGUACUUGGUCUGCACAAUCUUCACAUGUCACUUUAGUAGUAAAAUCAGGUUCUGAUUACCUUUCUGCCUGUCUGCGUGAUCACAAUGUCUUGACCGGAAUUUUGUUAAGCAUUGGCAAUUUGACUUUCGGUAUUCUGGUCCCCAAGCUUUAAAAGAAGGUUCUGAGGUCACUGCACUCAGGGCUAUAAUUUGACUCUCUCAGAAAGGUCAUGGUCAUUGACCCCCAUACAAUGACCCCAGAUCCCCCCCCCCGAGGAGGAGAUCUGAGACAUGGAUUCAAUAGU